UUGUAACUAAUCACGCUACAUUAUCGGUUAAACAACUAGCAAACAUCACACCAAAUAUUCCGAAUGCCAGGCGAUUCCGAGACACGAAAUCAACAUUAUCGUUGCGCUCAGUGGGGUGGACAAUACCCGGAAAAGCUGUGAGCGGAGUAUAUUCGAUGUUCGAUGGUUUAGGUGGAUAUGGAUUUACUAGUGAAGUGCGCACGAAUACGGACAUAACGGCAAAGUAUAAGAGUGCCCUUAUGCUUUGA